AUAUCCACAAAUGUAACGGGCAGAUACCUACAUAAAUAAGUAACGGGCCCUUUAAAAUUUUCCUCCCUGCCUCAAAAAUAAGGGCUCUCACUCAAAGUCAGUCUCAUCCUGACUUUACUCCGACAAACAUCAUGACGCCACUACCAAUUGCUAUCCUUUUUGCCAUAAUUUCUGUUACCCAGUCACAUCCACACCCACUUUCCUCCUCCUCCUCAGAAAUACCAGAAUCGCAACCAGCGUCGUCGUCAUGGGUGGAUGCCACCGUCUUCCCUGGGUUCUCAAUCACGCAAGCAUUCUCAUCCCCAUCAGUUUCAGUACUGUCGAGAUCAGAAGUGGAACCAGUCCUCCCCCUGAAGAAUAAGGAAGACAGCACAGCUAUCCAGAUCGAAGGGCAGGCUGAACCACUAGAGAAGACACCAGAAGAAGUUGCACCACUGGAGAAAACACCACCAGAAGUUGUACCACUGGAGAAGACAUCACCAGAAACCGUAUCACUGGAGAGCAUACCAGAAGCAGGAAUGGAAACCAAUCAAACUGACAAAAUGAAGAAUCAGUCCCCCAUCUUCUCCCCCGACCCCAAUUCAACCUACCUCUUCCCCUACUUGUUCCCCGGUUCUGGCGCUUAUCACCCAACGCUGCCCCCACUCCCAAACUUGACGUUGCCCCUCCUCCCACCAAUUAUUCAACUCCCUUCACUCCCCGGGUCCGGAAUAUCACGACCUCUCACCCAAGAAGAAGUCCAGGCUGUCAUCUCUUCUCACCUACCCUGGACGAUAGGCAAUAAGGACGAUAUGGUCAAACCCAUCAGAGCACCAGCGAAAAAACCAGUAUCAAAACCUGUCAUUGUUAACCAGCAACAACAGCAAUUACCAACCCAUCAAGUUUUUGGGGGCACGAACCGUUUCAACAUUUCUUCACCGGGGCAGGGUCAACUCUUGGUCAGUUUUGGAAAUAAGAAUUCCACGAUGACGAAAGAAGAGGAUGAAAUGUUGAGAAAGGAAUUGAUCGAAUAUUUCGGAGAUGUGUUGACCGUUUGGGAUAAAUUGCAUGAUCACGAAGGUCACAAGAAAGGUCAUGUUGAAAAUACGUCCAUUUCAAAUUCCAGUAUUGCCAAUAAUACCAAGGAUCCUGCAGAAAAUGUGUCCAUUAUUGCACCACCAGUCUUAUCCUCCUCCACGGCUUCAUUACAGUCUAACGCCACCACCCCCAAGAAACCUUCAACUGUGCCAAAAGAAAAGUCCAAACCGUCCAAACAGCGUCCCACCUACGGUAUCCAAUCUCCCUCAAAAGACACUGCCGCCCAGUCACCACCGCGACCCAUCAUCGCCACCAUUUUGAACCCAUGGGGAACUAUUCCGUCCAUAAAAUGGCCCUCGUUCACCUCCCUCGUUCACCGUCUCUUCGGCGACAGGAGAGGAAAUAAUAAGGAGAAGCCUGCCUUGCGACUGGGUCUCCCCGGUCAAGAAGCCGACAUGGCUGACACCGUCAAAGCAGCCAAUUGUGGUGUCGAUGCACCAAACACGCAACCAAUUUGUGGAUCUGGGCGGAAAGAGAGGGACGCGUGCUCGAGACUUUGUGCAAGGAACGGGUUUUCAGGGGGCAUUUGUCUCGAGGAGGUGGAGAAGUGUGUGUGCUACUUGGACGAAGGGGAGCGUUUUGGACUGCUCUUAAAGAGAGAAAAGGUGCCGGAAGUGGGGGCCGACUGUGAUCUCGGGUGUCGUAAUCUUGGUGCAUAUUCUGGAUUCUGUGGCGAUCUUCCGGGUCAUUGUUACUGCGCGGUGCCAUACAUGACUUCUCCCAAUGAGGAAUUAGCAUAAUUUAAAUAAAUACAUCAUAAUAAUUUAUUUCUGAACACUAAUUAGGUUUAAAUAAAAUGAUUAUUAUCUUAUCGUCAA